AUGACACUGAUCGCGUCGAGAAAUGCUACCAGGUUGCAGACCCCACGUCGUUUGCCUCCACGUUUCGUGCAGAGACCGUCUAAUCCGACCUUGACUCGAGGCUUGCUUCUCUUCUCGAGGCCUGCUUCUCUUCUCAAGGCCAACACUUCAACUCCAUCGGUCAGCAGCAGCAUGAAUACGGAUGUGGUAGCGACACCUCAGCUUGCGAUGUUCGGGAACGCCAGCAAUACGACCUUGACCGGGUGCAGCCUGAUUCAAGUCUACAACGCGGGUGAUAGGACAUGGUCUCGCCACCAGAUCAUCACCACAAUUUUCAAGGAUCACAUUGCAUCUAACGCUUCACACGAUUCCAAUGAACGAGCUGAUCCUCCUCAAUGCCAUCCUGGAACUCGCAUGGCGACCAUCGAUAGGCUCAAGGACUGGGUUACACGAGAGGGCUCUACAUCCGUUCUAUGGCUAUUCGGUACUGCAGGUGCAGGAAAGACAGCUAUUGCACGCUCACUUGCUCGACUACUGAAGGGACUUGACCUGCUGGCCGCGUCAUUUUUCUUCUUUAGAACAUCACCAAAACGCAACAGCGCUGAACUCUUCAUUUCCACUAUCGCCUAUCAACUUGCAAUCAACACUCCGGAGAUCCAGCCGUAUAUUUUAGAUGUUCUCGACAGGGAUCCAUCAAUCUUCCAGAAAUCCACAGAGUCCCAAUUUCAGUCCUUAAUUAUUAAUCCCAUCUCUCAGCUACCGUCGACGGCCCAUCCUCGCACCUUCAGCUUCAUUAUUGAUGGUCUUGACGAAUGCUUGGACCGUGCUGAACAAGACACCAUUAUCAACGUGAUCUGUAACGCCCUCCAGCCCGCCAUUCGCCACAUCAAGUUUCUUAUCAUUAGUCGCCCGGAACACCACAUCGAGUGCGCUUUUGAGAAGCUUGCCUCAUCCUCAUGCUUCCAGCGUAUCGAUCUCGUGCGCGACUUCAACGCGUCUGGUGACCUACGUAAAUUUAUCCUCGACAAAUUCCGCGACAUUAAACGAACACAUCCCUCGAGAGGUGCUAUUGACGAGUCCUGGCCAUCAGAAAGCACAGUUGACACGCUUGUGCGUAACGCAGAUUUCAGCAAUUUCCUCUAUGCACGCGUUGUUAUGGACUUCAUGGAGGCAACAUAUGACUCACCACAGGAACGUCUCAAGGUCAUCCUUGGCCUCCAACCGACCGGAGCAGAAAAUCCGUACCACCGGUUGGAUGAGGUAUACAGAUAUAUUCUUUCUUCGGUCCGAGCGGAUAUUGGUCCCAUUUUGAAAAUGCUCGCAAUCGCAAUUGUGGCUGCAAAGGCAGAGAUGUUGGUGUAUCACAAGCCAUACAACACACAGGAUCUGCUACAAUCAGCUCCUUUCUUGGAAAUUGUUCUGGGAAUUGUACCGGGGACAAUUCAAGCCUGGCUUGUGGAUCUACGCUCUCUUAUAAUUUUACAAAAUUAUGAAGACGAAACACAUUCAGCACUAUCACCAGAGAUUCAAUUCAUGCACAGAUCGCUUAUGGAAUUCCUCCUGGAUCCGUCAAGGUCACAGGGAUACUGCCUCAAUCAGACUCAAGCAUUCCUAGAUAUUGCAUCAGGCUGUCUGAACGCCCUUUCGGUCGAAAACGUGCAGGCGGUUCUCUCCCGGCUAAACUGGUACCCUCUUAUUUUCGUUCUUGCUGACUAG